ACAGCCUUUUAAAUGGUUUUGUGCGUGGGUGGAGUCACUGUUUUUUGUUAUUUAUUUUUGUAUUUCUAUACUAAAUACAGUAGUGGUAAUAAGAAAUAGCGUCUGCAUUUUCUCUGAAAUGGAAUUCGACUUUGAGAGGUGGAGAGGCAGAGCAGCUGGGCUUCAGUUUUUACGCCGCGCUGGCUCCAGAAGACGAGGACGUGCAGCUACAUUGAGGGAAUGGGGCCAAACGCGACACGCGUUGCUGCGGAUACUUCCCACGCGAAAGAGAGCCCCGCGUGCGCGCCUGCGCAGUGCCUUCUCUGCGCCCCCGGACCUCCUCCUCAUGGCUCUCUCGGGAGGCACGACUCUCUCCCGUCAGACCACACGAGUAACAAACUCUCGCGAUGCGGCCGGACGUGUGACCUCUUACUCUUGCGUGAGCACGCAAGGCUCCGCCAUCUUGGGAAGCAGCGUCACGUGACUCCCAACGGUCGUCUCCUCGACCUCCUCCUUUUUGCCCCUCCCAACGGGGAAAAAAACCGGGCCUAGGCCAGCGCUUGAGCCUGAGGCGGCAGCUUGCGGGUUACUCCAGCGAACUACGAGCCGGCAUCGGGAUUCACGGAAGGGGUUCGCAUUUUAGAAACCUCCCCCCGCCGCGCCUCCCCCUCCCCUUCGCAUUCCUCUGAAGUGAGGGAAGAGCGUGAGGAAACGGCGGGCCACGUGACCGAGGGACGCGGCGAAGGAUCGUCCGGGCAGCCCGCCACGUGAUGCGAGGGAAGGCGGCGAAGGAGCUUGUGGUGACGACGCCGAGGAGAGCAAGGAGCACGCGUGCGCACUGGCGUUUCCCUGGGCGCGAGGGGCAAGGGAGACGGGAGGGGCGGAGGAGUCCGGGCGAUGGUCACGUGGCUGCGCAGUGGCGUCGCGCGUCUCCGGGCAGAAGAAGGCGGCGGCGGCCGCGGCGGCAGCAGCAGCUCCAGCAGCCGAGCCGUCCUGCUGAGGUCACGUGGCGCAGCGUCACCCGCCGCCGCGAGCCUUUCCCUCGUCGCGCGCCGCCGCGCCGCCCCCUCCCUCCCCCUGCCCUCUCUGCGCGAGGGGAGGGCAGGCGGGCGCGCAAAGAUGGCGGCGGCGAGUUAGAAAGCGGCUGAGGCGUCGAGGAGGGAGAGCAGCUCGGCGGAAGGAAUCCCGGCCAGAAGAUGGUGGAACCAGGACAAGAUCUGUUGCUUGCUGCUUUGAGUGAGAGUGGAAUCAGCCCAAAUGACCUGUUUGAUAUUGAGUCUACGGAUAUGGGUCUUGCAACCCCAGCUCCAGCUGUUCAGCAGUCAGCCCCAGUUAGUGCCUUAGAACUGGGCAUGGAGACUGAAGCAUCACUUGCUGUUAAAACAGAACCACAGACUGCAUCUUCUCCAGCUGUACUGAACAUCAGGCAACCACCAUCAACUACAACCUUUGUGCUGAAUCAAAUAAACCAGCUUCCUACUCUGGGAACUACCAUAGUAAUGACAAAAACAACCCCAGUCACCACCACCAGGCAGACGGUCACUGUAGCAAAAAUCAUACAGACCAGCACCACUACCAGGCCGUCAGUUGCAGCGCCAGCAGUUCGGAAUGCCCUGACUUCCACAACUCCCAAGGACCAGAUCCAGCUAAAAGAUCUGCUAAAAAACAAUAGUCUUAAUGAGCUGAUGAAGCUGAAGCCACCUCCCAACAUUGCUCAGCCGGUUGCGACAGCUGCAACUGAUAUAAGCAAUGGUACUGUAAAAAAGGAGGCAUCUACUAAAGAGGUAGCAAGAAUAUGGAUAAAUGACAUGAAAAUGAGAAGCUUUUCUCCUACAAUGAAAGUUCCAGUAGCAAAAGAGGAAGAAGAGCCUGAAGAAGAAGAUGAAGAAGAAAUGGGUCAUGCAGAGACGUAUGCAGAGUACAUGCCCAUAAAAUUAAAAAUUGGUCUGCGUCAUCCUGAUCCAGUGGUAGAAACCAGCUCUCUCUCCAGUGUUACCCCUCCAGAAGUUUGGUAUAAGUCUUCAAUUCCUGAAGAGAGUAUUGAUAGUGGCUGGCUGUCAGCAUUGCAGCUUGAAGCUGUUACAUACGCAGCACAGCAACAUGAAACAUUCCUACCCAAUGGAGACAGAGCUGGUUUCUUGAUAGGUGAUGGUGCAGGUGUAGGAAAAGGAAGGACCAUAGCUGGAAUAAUAUAUGAGAACUACCUCUUGGGUAGAAAAAGGGCAGUAUGGUUUAGUGUUUCAAAUGAUUUGAAAUAUGAUGCAGAAAGAGAUCUGAGAGAUAUUGGAGCAAAAAACAUUUUGGUUCAUUCAUUAAACAAGUUCAAAUAUGGAAAAAUUUCUUCAAAACACAACGGGAGUGUGAAGAAAGGUGUCAUAUUUGCCACCUAUUCCUCUCUUAUUGGAGAAAGUCAGUCUGGGGGUAAAUAUAAAACGAGGCUCAAACAACUUCUUCACUGGUGCGGAGAUGACUUUGAUGGAGUUAUAGUAUUUGAUGAAUGUCACAAGGCUAAAAAUCUUUGUCCUGUUGGGUCAUCAAAACCAACUAAGACAGGUUUGGCUGUUCUGGAGCUGCAGAAUAAACUUCCAAAAGCCAGAGUUGUCUAUGCUAGUGCCACAGGUGCAUCUGAGCCACGCAAUAUGGCAUAUAUGAACCGCCUUGGGAUAUGGGGUGAAGGAACUCCAUUUAGGGAGUUCAGUGACUUUAUUCAGGCUGUUGAAAGAAGAGGUGUAGGUGCCAUGGAAAUUGUUGCUAUGGAUAUGAAGCUACGAGGAAUGUAUAUAGCAAGGCAGCUGAGCUUUUCGGGUGUAACCUUCAAAAUUGAUGAGGUUCAGCUUUCACAUCACUAUGUUAAAAUGUAUAAUAAAUCUGUAAAAAUGUGGGUAAGUGCCAGGGAGAAAUUCCAGCAAGCAGCCGACCUCAUUGAUGCUGAGCAGCGGAUGAAGAAGUCUAUGUGGGGCCAGUUCUGGUCUGCCCACCAGAGAUUCUUCAAGUACCUCUGCAUAGCUUCCAAAGUGAAAAGGGUGGUACAGCUGGCACGAGAAGAAAUAAAGAAUGGCAAAUGUGUAGUCAUUGGGUUGCAGUCCACAGGGGAAGCACGAACCUUAGAAGCUUUGGAAGAAGGCGGUGGGGAACUGAACGACUUUGUUUCCACAGCAAAGGGAGUAUUUCAGUCUCUCAUUGAGAAACAUUUCCCAGCUCCUGACAGGAAGAAGCUUUUUAGCUUGCUGGGAAUCGACUUGUCUGCUCAAAGUAAUAACAACUCUCCUAGAGGCAGCCCUUGCAAGGAGGACAAAAUGAAGAAACGCAAAGGUGAAGAAAUAAGCAGAGAAGCCAAGAAAGCACGUAAAACUGGCGGGCUAGCUGGGAGCAGUUCUGAUGAAAGCUACAGUGAGUCGGACAUCUCGGACAAUGAAGAGAGUGAUAAUGAGAGCUCCAGGUUUUUAAGCUCUGGGGAAGAUGAUGACUUCAACCCGUUUAAGGAUGAAUCUAGCGAGGAUGAUGAAGAUGACCCCUGGCUAAUUAGGAAAGAACAUAAGAAAAAUAAAGAAAAGAAAAAAAAGAAAAGCAUAGACCCAGAUUCCAUUCAGAGUGCCUUACUAGCGUCUGGACUUGGAUCCAAACGGCCCAGUUCUCUUUCUUCCACAGUAGUUACCUCCUCUACUACAAAUACGUCUGCUAACAGUAAUACACAUACCAGCUAUGUAACAAGUCAGGAUGCUGUUGAGAGAGCCCAGCAGAUGAAGAAGGAGUUGCUUGAUAAAUUGGAAAAACUAUCAGAAGAUCUUCCUCCUAAUACACUGGAUGAACUUAUAGAUGAACUCGGUGGUCCUGAGAAUGUCGCUGAGAUGACAGGUCGCAAAGGGAGAGUCGUGAGUAAUGAUGAUGGCAGCAUUUCUUACGAGUCCAGGUCUGAGCUAGAUGUUCCUGUUGAAAUCCUAAACAUCACAGAGAAGCAAAGAUUCAUGGAUGGAGAUAAGAAUAUUGCCAUCAUUUCUGAAGCAGCCAGCUCUGGUAUUUCAUUGCAAGCAGAUCGACGAGCCAAGAACCAGAGGCGAAGGGUACAUAUGACUCUGGAGUUGCCGUGGAGUGCAGAUAGGGCAAUACAGCAGUUUGGCCGAACUCACAGGUCCAACCAAGUGACCGCACCAGAAUAUGUCUUCCUAAUAUCUGAACUGGCUGGAGAACAAAGAUUUGCGUCAAUCGUUGCCAAACGCCUGGAGAGCUUGGGAGCUCUCACUCAUGGCGACAGAAGAGCAACAGAAACAAGAGACCUCAGCAGGUUCAACUUUGACAACAAGUAUGGCCGAAAUGCAUUGGAAAUAGUGAUGAAGUCCAUUGUGAACUUAGACUCGCCGUUGGUGUCUCCACCUGCUGACUAUCCAGGAGAAUUCUUUAAAGAUGUCCGUCAGGGUUUAAUAGGUGUGGGCCUAAUAAAUGUAGAAGACCGGUCUGGAAUUCUCACGCUUGACAAAGAUUACAACAAUAUAGGGAAAUUUCUAAACCGGAUUCUGGGUAUGGAAGUGCAUCAGCAGAAUGCUUUAUUCCAGUAUUUCUCAGACACGUUAAAUGCAGUAAUACAGAAUGCUAAAAAGAAUGGAAGAUAUGACAUGGGCAUUUUAGAUCUGGGUUCAGGAGAUGAGAAAGUGAGGAAGGCAGAUGCUAAAAAAUUCCUCACACCAGGAUAUUCUACCUCAGGACAUGUUGAAUUGUAUACUAUAAGCGUGGAGAGAGGGAUGUCUUGGGAAGAAGCAACUAAGAUUUGGGCUGAACAAACUGGACCAGAAGAUGGAUUUUAUUUAUCACUUCAGAUACGAAACAAUAAGAAAACUGCCAUCCUGGUGAAAGAAGUGAAUCCCAAAAAGAAGCUUUUUCUAGUAUAUAGACCAAAUACCGGAAAACAAUUGAAAUUGGAGACGUAUGCAGAAAUAAAGAAAAAAUAUAAAAAGGUUCCUUCUGACGAUGCUGUGGCCCACUGGCUAGAGCAGUACACGUCAUCAGCAGACACUUGCACCCAUGCUUACUGGUGAGUUCUUGAAAUGCUGCACU